UUCAUUCGCACUCAUCCUGGAGACAAGAGGAGCAAAGCCUGCGUGGAUUGACAGGGCAAGUGGCGGACUUCCCUCUCAUGACCCCUUCUAGGCUUUUUUUUGGCCGUCAUUUUUCCUGAAAAAAGUUGCAUGGAUUCAAGCUUCCGGCAGCGCAGGAAGCGUAAAGAGGACUAAAUUCCCUGGGAAAAAGAUCAUAUUGUCCACAACAAAGGAAGUACAAGAGUCAAACAAAAUGCCUCGUGGCUGCCGGAAUGAUCCAGGAUUGCAAUGAAGACUUGACAUCUGCUCAUCCAUGUUUGGCACGUUGAACGUACAGUACACUUUCACCAAAGGCUUGCAUAAACUUGUGUUGUCGCAGUGUGCACGCCUCGCCCCGUGAUAGUGCGUCUUCUGUAUAUAUAUGCCAUAAAUAGACCUGCACACAUACUCUUUCAAUCACUCUGGAGCUGAGGAAUUAAAACCAAGAGUAUGGUCCAGCGGUCCACCUCAGUCCGCCUGCUGGGAGGCCUUUUAGGCCUGUUUCUACUCAUGCCCGUUCUGAUGGCCCUGACGCCCCCGAGCAUGUGCACCCCUUUGAGAACCAUCAAUGAGAGUCUCAGCCACAGGCGACGCUACAUGAAGCACAACUUCCCUGUCAAUUACACCAUCAGAGUUCACCAUGAGGAGCUUUUUAAACUAUCAAACAUCAGCAAAAUGAAAUUACAGAUGGGCGAGUUAGAUGAACUAGUCUUCCAGAGGCUGUGGUUCCUUGUUAACCAGGGCGUGUUAAAAAAGAUUAUUCGAGUGCUGCCAGAGAGACAUCCUUCCCGUCCUUACACUGCAGAGUUGGAGAGGCGAUUGAAAGACACCGAAGGAGUCUUUGUACAGUCGCAUCCUGCGGAGGUGUUCCAGCAGGAGCUUCCAGAUGCAAUCCAGGACAAAUGGGAGUGCUUAACAGAAGAGACACACAGAGUGCCAGAGACCAGCUGGAGGUUUGCGACUCCAAAAUCUCUUCUGGACAAUUUCUGUCAGACCAUGCACUGCCUCUUCAGUGACUGCUUUAAAGCCACAAAAAGCAUGGACUGUGAGUAUGAGCCCGCCGGAACGGGAUACGUAAUCUAGCGACAACUUUGAAAUGAAAGUUUGCUUUGUUUCAUCACAUUGGAACUACGGUGGUACCUCCGUUUUUGUUCGAAAGAAGACCAAACUGUACAAAUCAAUUUCUCCCAUUAGAAAUAUUGUCAUUCCAAUUAGUCUGCGUUAGACAUCCAAAAAAAUCAACAAAAAACACAUUUUAUCGAGAAAAAAUAUAAUUUUUCAUGCAGAAAACAAUGUGAAAUAUACAUAAAUGACGAAUGAAACAAAUACUUUUACCUUUUUUGAAAGAAGAUGGCAAUUAACGGAGAGGAAGGAAGAGAAGAGAGCGCAACGUGAACGUCGCCUUCCUACUUUUCUAUGAGUUUUUUCUUUAAUUAAAUAGUUUUUCUCACCUUUUUUAUCAAAGUGAUGACACUCUCAAAUAAGGACGUGUACCGAAUUUGGCACUUUGAUAGUUGUCGGCCGAAGUCCAUUGGUACUACUGGGUAUCGAUUCUCGUAAAAUCGAACGGUGCCAUAUUUUGAAACUUUUGUUGCACUUGACGAAGUCACGUCGGGUUGUAAACUGCAUCGACUCAAACACUUGGCGGAGAAAUAAGCACUCAGAGCGGACUCAGCCAAACUGCUUCGAGGUAAUGUUACAAUUUUCCAUGCCUGAUAGAAGACGCUCGGUCGCAAAGUAAGGCUCCGCUUUUCCAAAACGAGCUAGCCCGGUGUUAAUUCACAUAGCAAAACGCUGAUUAGCAUUAGCAAUUUUUCAUGACGAUUUCAAAACUUCCAAAUUUAGCAAUGAAAACUACGACUACGACGAACGUUGCAAUCAAACAGCUGGUACAUCACUUACAGUAUAACAACUUUGUAGGGCUCAACAAAAGAUGUAGAACUUGCAAAUGAGACUCAGAAGUGUGAGAAACAGCAACGUUAUCAUUAUCAGUUCAUUUUUCAAUGUUGAAAGACAUUUGCAAGUGUCAUUAUUACUAUUUGAUUACACUGCUCCCCUCACCUCCCAGGGGGUGAUCAAGGGUGAUGGGUCAAAUGCAGAGAAUAAUUUCGCCACACCUGGUGUAUGUGUGACAAUCAUUGGUACUUUAACUUUAACUUUAACUUAAACAAUGAACAUUUGUACCGUUGAGUACUGGUAUCGAUUCAAGGUUACCGAGAAUUGCAACUUUAAUUUGACCACAUGCUGUCUUAUUUUGUAGUCACACUCAAUAAAAAAGCCCAGACUGUCUGAAAGAAAGGGAGAACAAUGCAUGAUCGGAGAAAGAAAUAAAAAAGGUUUUGUUCGUGGGGGUUAGUUGGCCGGUUUUGUUCGUGUUUUAAUGAACAAAUGGACCGCAAACACGAACACACACACAUACACACACACAUAGUACGUAGUAAAUCUGUCUUUAAAUCUAUAAGAACCAGAAUCCAUCCUCCAGAAACAUUUAGUCAGCAACAUGUAGGAUUCUUUGGGCACUCAAAUCCAUGGAAUGGUACGGACUAGUUUGUCACGCGCAAUGGACGAAAACCAGAGGAAAUUUUCGGUAAAAAGACACAUUUCCGAAAAGUGGAGCAUACAAAAACUGAGGUACCACUGUACUGUAAAAAGGUAAAACGGCUGCAGAUUGUCACUUUUUUAGUUUCUGUGCAUUUUUGACUUGCAUUCAAGUAUGUCCCGAGUUUGAACAACUCAGAAUUUGAUGAAAGUUUAACAGAAAUAUAG